AUGCCUGAAAUCCCUCCCGAUCCAGGAGAGACAGACGACCCCAACACAUCUCCUGGUCCACCAGGAGACCUGGAUGCGCCAGGCCCUUCCCAAUCCACGACCACGGUUGUACCUGCCAUGGUCGCACCUCUUCCCCCUGAGGAAGACCCACCCGAUGUGCCAGUUGGACCUGAUCCGUUCGCUGACGCACCUGGUUCCCCCGAUCCUCUCAGAUCGGGUGAAGCGUUAGGGCUUGGUGAUGGCCCUGACAACUCAGUUGAGCAUGAUGAAUUGAUGAUGAUGCUAAGAAGCAUCGAUCAAUGGCUGACUCACCACAACAAGGCUAUAGAGGACUUACGGGCUUGGAUUUAUCACCCUAGCCCUGGAUUGGCUGGAAGCCAAAUCCCUCUAAACUCACCCCAGUUUGAGGCAACAAGUGUGCCUCCACCCGUACCAGUCAGGGGACGGGACAGAGAACCCAUCCAGCAACGAAACUCGCUGGUGGACGAAGUCUCUGCUGACGAAGACUAUGUCAGGACGACCACCUACCUCCCUGUGCCCAGGCAUCCCAGUGUGAGGAUGAUGACAUACGUCCCUCACGCUGAUGAACCCGUGCCUGGGAGUUCUUCGACCCCAUCGCCAAAGAGAAUCCCUUCUUAUCUGAAGGGAAAGAGUGUCGAUUGGGGCCCUCAGGGCCUGCCUGUUGUCCUCAGAAGGACACAGCCACUUCCUCAGUCGCUUCCUGUGCCUGAAGCACCUGUCGUUUUGGAAAGUUCGACGGACAAAGGGGAGACUGAUCAUGAUCCAUGA